AUGCCUAGUUAUUUGCAAAACUAUCAUUGCAAUUUAGCUACUUCUGCUUCUCAAUCAUCUACCAGGGAUCCUGCUACUAAUCCAGAAUUAGAACCUUCAUUUUAUCACCAAGCUGUCCAGCAUGCUUAUUGGAGAGCUGCUAUGUCUGCAGAAUUAUCUGCAUUAGAAAUGAAUGACACUUGGGCUCUCACAACAUUACCACCUAAUAAAACUCCUAUAGGUUGUAAGUGGGCUUCAAGACAAUGGAAUUCCAAGUUCACUUCUGUGCUGUUUAACAUGGGAUUCUCACAAUCAAAGGCUGACUAUUCCUUGUUUACUAAGAAAGAAGGAAGCUCAUUUGUUGCCUUGUUGUUGUAUGUAUAUGAUAUACUGCUAGCUAGUAGUGAAGUAGCUGCAAUUGAGAUUGUUAAAAAAUCUCUAAGUGCUGAAUUCAAAUUGAAAGAUUUGGGGCCAUCAAAAUUUUUUCUUGGCAUGAAAAUAGCUAGAUCAAAAAAGGGCAUCUCUUUGUCUCAAAGAAAGUAUACUCCAGAGCUCGUUUCAGAUUCUGGUUUACUUGCUGCAAAACCAGCUUUAUUUCCUAUGGAUACUCAUGUGAAGUUAUCAAAAGAUGAUGGUGAAUUAGUGGAUGAUAUUUUAGCUUACAGAAGGCUAAUUGGCAGGUUAUUGUAUUUGACUCAUACCAGACCCGACAUUACAUUUGCAGUACACCAUCUUAGUCAAUUCUUAGAUAGCCCUCAAAUGCCCCAUUUACAAGCUGCUAUGAGAAUCUUGACAUGUCUCAAGUCUGCUCCUGGACAAGGUCUACUGUUUCCAGCUUCAUCAAAGGUUCAUAUAAAAGCUUUUUCAAAUUCAGACUGGGCUAGUUGUCCAUAUACUCGUAGAUCACUAAGUGGCUAUUGUAUUUUCAUUGGGGAUUCUCUUGUAUCAUGGAAAUCUAAGAAGCAACACACAAUAUCAAGAUCUUUAGCUGAGGCUGAAUAUAGAUCAAUGGCAUUCACUGUUUGUGAAAUUAUCUAG